AUGCCUCAAGGGUAUACCAUUAGAAAAUGUGUGGUUUUAUUUUUUGCACACGAGGGAAAAACAUAUGAAACCGCAAUCGAUUCAGCAGACGACAUCACACCGGACGACAUAGUUGAAAUCCCACCGCCACUUCUUCCCCCAAGUAAAAGGCCGUCUGUAUCUGCCCCGCAACCGGAUACUCUCAUAGUUUUCGACAUUGAGACCACGGGAUUAGCACACGACAGUGACAUUAUUCAGCUGUCGGCUUUGCAUUUGGAUUCCGGCGUCACGUUUUCGGGAUACAUGAGACCCGCCGGUGGCCGUAUUCCAAACACCAUCACAUCGCUUACGGGAAUCGCGAUAUUUGGAGAGAAAAUGUUUUAUAACAUGACAUCGGUUGGGUCUACGGACGUGUUUACUGGCCUGUCUACGUUUUCUGAGUGGUUGAAGAAAUUUAAAAACCCCGUCCUGAUAGCCCACAAUGCAGGACAAUCAUGUUACAAAUUAUCUGCUAUCGUGCAAAACGUAUUGAAAAUUGACUUCAAUGCUCACAACGCGGAAGCUGAUGUUGCCGCCCUCGUAGCCCUGCUUCAAACAGUUGACGCCUUACCACAUAAGCUGCAGAUAAUGCCAUUACAAGAAGCUCAAUAUAACCUUAAGCAUGCUUAA